GGAAGGUCUCAGUCCAGAGCUUCCAUGAGGAGCUGAGUUUGUUCCGGGAGCAGCUGGAUAUCCAGAGGGGUGCUGUGGGGUGUGCCCUUGUGGUCUUGAUGGCCCCCAGUGGGCAGCUGAGGCAGCCACAGCUGCUGGUUCAGGAGUUGAGUCGCUGUGGGGCCCUGCAGGGUUGCCCCAGAAUCUUCCUGUUGCUCUCUAGUGGCCUCAAGGCUGCCUGGGAGCCUGAAGCUUUCCUCACGGGUCUGGGGGAAAUCUGCAGCCAACAUCCUCACUGGUCACUGCUGCAACUGCUGACGGAGCUCUUUUGCAGAGUAGCUGAAGAGUCUGCUGGGGAUACCUACUGCCCAUUCUUUAGGACCUCCUUGCGGGGGACCCUGUGUUUGGGAGAUGUGGAGCCCUGGAGGCCAGAGUCAGACUCCAGACCAAGUGCACAGUAUGACCUGUCUGGGACCAGGGCCGCCCUCCUACUGGCUGUGAUUCAAGACCGGCUUGGGGCACAGCAUGAUGUGGCAGCACUGGUGAACCUGUGCCAGGCCUUAGGCUUCAAGGUCACCUUGAGGACAGACCCUACAGCUCAGGCAUUCCGGGAGGAGCUGGUUCGGUUCCGGGAAAAGCUGGACGCUCACAAGGGCCCUGUGAGCUGUGCCCUGCUGGCCCUGAUGGCCCACGGGGGGCCACAAGGGCAGUUGCUGGGGGUUGAUGGGCAAGAAGUACAGUCUGAGAUGUUGGUCCAGGAGCUGAACCGCUGCCAGGCACUGCGUGGCCGCCCCAAGGUCUUCCUGCUUCAGGCCUGCCGUGGGGGGAACAGGGACCCUGGUGUGGGGCCAAGAGCUCUCCCAUGGUACAGGCGCUGGCUGCGAGCGCCCCCAGGCAUCCCCACCCAGGCAGAUGUUCUCCAGGUUCAUGUUGAUGCCCCAGGGAGCACUGGCCAAGCAGACAUCCUUACUGUCUACUCAGCUGCUGAGGGCUGUGUGGCCUAUCGGGACGAAGAAAAGGGCUCAGACUUUGUCCAGACGCUGGUGGAAGUCAUGAGAGCCAACCCAGGAGGAGAUCUCAUUGAGCUGCUGACUGAGGUGAACAGGAGGGUGUGUGAACUGGACGUGCUGGGGCCAGACAGUGAUGAGCGGCGCAAGGCUUGCUUGGAGAUCCGCAGCUCGCUCCGGCGCCGGCUCUGUUUAUAGGAUUGACUGUCCAGCUACUUCCGCUCCAUCCUCCUUCAGCACUCUCAGCGUUGCAGCACCUUGGGUGUGGGAGCUCAGAAGCGUGCAAUAAAUACCUGUUCACGAUGGUUGUGCUCCGAGAAAUGCAUGCUUUCUCUGAAAUAAGUGAGAUAAAGUACCUGGCACUCGAUAGAGGAACAGCUGUGCUCCUGGGGACCAGAGGUUGGAUUGGGGUUUGUGCCUCGCGUCCGGGACUAUAGAACCUAACAGGGCUGGUCAGAUAUGCUGGGAGCGGCCUAAGGAGAAGAGUCCUGGGAAGGACCAGCUCAGGAAUCGCAGUUAUUUCCUGCCGAGUCCGCGGUGCGUGCGUUCCUCAA